AUGGAUUUGAACCGUUUCAUCAGCGAGGAUGUGUCGGCUGAGUUUUUGAAGAAGUAUUGCGAGCAAAUCCAGCAAAUUUGCAUGAAUAUGCCCGAAGAUGUGGAAAUCGUGAAGAUCGUCAACGAUCAUAUGUCAUCGAAACUAGUAAUUCGUGACGAGUGGGGAGAAGGCGUAGCCAUCGGUGUUUGUCUGAACGAGGCUCGAUUCGAGUUUACUUCGGGAAUCAGAAUUUAUCUUCCUGUCGACAGCUACAAAAUGGCAACGAGAUUUGUGAUAAAAUUUUUGGAACGAUUGACAACGAAAGCAGUCGAACUUCCUUCUACCAUGCACAAUAACCCACUUUUUCACCGGAUGAAAGGCCACAAGUUUCUGGAGAAUUGUGACAUUUUGGGACUGUAUCCAGAAGAGAAGGGAUGGUUCGAUUUGUUGAAAAAGUUGAAUCGAUUUGGUCAAUUCCCUAAUCGAGUUCUCAUCUCACGCCUCUCGUGUUUGUGCUCAAAAAGGAGCCGAAACUUUGCAAUUUGUCAUGAAUGUUUGCUAAAACGACUCGAUGUGAAAGAGAUUCGUGAACGUGAUACGGUUAUUUUGAUGCCAGAAGAAGUUUCUGAGGAAACAAGAAUUAUAAACCAGCUUGGUGAAGAACAAAUGAUGUGGCCAGCAACUGCGUUCGUUAUUUACAUUUUGAAUUGGCAAUCACGCAAUGAAGUAGAGUGUCUGUCAAUGCCUCGUUCUAUUGUACUCAAGACAAGAGCCUACAAGAAACACUUUGGAACAAGACUGUUGCUGGGAUUUGAUGCAAACCGUAUUCAACAUCGUCAAAAUUUGUUGGUUUAUCAAUGGGCGCCUCCAUUGGAUCAAUUCUUCGUGCUGGUGAAAGGAAUUGAGUAUAUUGGAAUUGUUCGAGUUGAUGCUGUUACAAGAACGAAUCCAACUAUAUUGAUGGACGAGUUUGAAGAGACGUGCGCUCGUGCGGAUAUUCUUGUCGAUUAUAGGAAUAUUGAAGUGCCGGCUUUCAUUAACGAGUGUGCCCCAAAUGGUCGUGAGAAGCUGCUAAGAGCCACCGGACAAGACGACGAUGACGAUGACCCGGAGAAUAAAAAGAAGAAAUUU